AUGCCGGAGUUAGCUGUUGAAAAAGUUAUUGUCCAUCCCUUGGUGCUCCUGAGUGUGGUGGAUCAUUUUAACAGGUAAAGGAUUCGAAUGAGCUCGACAGUUGUUGAUGAUUGUUAAAAAAUGUGGACUCAUUGUUGUUUCCCAAAUAACAGUACCGUUUAGAUAGCUAACUAACGUUAGCGACUAGCUAGCGACAGUAAGUUAACGUUAGAGCAAGCAAGCUAACGUUAUCUAACUAGCUACUGUGUAGCUAGAUAGCUGAUUCACCUCAGAAGGCUCGGAUUCACCUGCUAUCUAGUAUAGCUAGUAGCUAGCUAGAUACACAACAUGUUCUCAUAUUACACAAAUUGCAGGUUUCCUCUACGAUUAGUGCAUCGUUUUAUGCACUUUAUUAGCUAUUGUAGCUAGAUAAUGUUAACCAGCUUGUAACGCGUUAGCGCCAUCCGCUCUCUAGUCAGGGAUGUCACUGUCACAUGUCUGUAGCAAAGACAGUUCAGAAACCCCAUGUCUGUAGCUAACAGCCUAUUCUCAUUCUGAAUUUGAUCAGAAUCGGUAAAGUUGGAAGUCAGAAGAGGGUUGUGGGUGUACUACUCGGCUCAUGGCAUAAGAAGGUUCUUGAUGUGUCCAACAGCUUUGCAGGUGAGUUUCCUAACGUUACCUCUUUCUAUAACCACGGUCCAUUCUUUGAUAACACUCUGGUUUCUUGUUGAUAUGGCUGAUCUCCCCCCUGCUCUUCUUACAGUGCCCUUUGACGAGGAUGACAAGGAUGAUUCUGUGUGGUUCCUGGACCAUGACUAUUUGGAGAACAUGUAUAACAUGUUCAAGAAAGUCAAUGGUAAGAAUGGAGUUCUUUGUAAAUUAGUAUGCAUUUUAAUAACACUAGAUUUUACUCUACAAUGUGAUUGAACUUGAACAUGUAUUCCCAUUGUUUCAGCAAGAGAAAGAAUAGUUGGUUGGUAUCACACAGGCCCCAAACUGCACAAGAAUGACAUUGCCAUCAAUGAACUCGUGAAGCAAUAUUGUACCAAUUCUGUAAGUAUAAGUACAACAUUUUAGUUGAAUUUAAUACAAAACGUUGAUGUAAUUUUUUACUUAGCAAUUAGCCAAUUACUACUGAUGUCACUGUAGUAAAUAUAAUAAUAAAUAUACUAUGGUACAAAGAUUUUAAUUGGAUUUUUUGGUCGUUUUAGGUUUUAGUCAUCAUUGAUGUGAAACCGAAAGACCUGGGUCUACCAACAGAGGCCUACAUAUCUGUGGAGGAAGUGCAUGAUGUACGUUUUUAUCAGUGGAAUUAUUGAAAGAAUGUAAUAGUGGAAUUACAAUUCUCUACUAUUACCUCUGCAACAAAGGUUUAUGCUGCAUGUCAGUCUUACAUCUACCACUAAGUAAAAUCUAAAAAUUGUAGGAUUAGAAAGAAUGUCACUGUAAAAAUCAGUUUGUUAUGUUGUGGAGCAACGGAUGCCUUUUUGAGCUUUAAUGUUGAGGAAAACGGAUAACCUCGCUUGAGAAGAAGGUCUAAUGGUUGGAACAUUCCUUUUGUUUUUAGGAUGGCACUCCCACAUCCAAGACAUUUGAACAUGUCACCAGUGAGAUUGGCGCUGAAGAAGCAGAGGAAGUGGGCGUGGAGCAUUUACUCCGGUAAGACUGGACCCAAGCAUGUGGUCAAUGUGUAUGUACUUGUUCCUUGUAUUAUUGCUCAUAAUUUUUUCAUACCAGACCUGGGUUCAAAUACAAGUACUUUUAUUAGAGUAUUUGAAUGGUUAUUUGUAAAAAACGAAAUAGUCUAGCAAAUUGUGUUUGAGACCAUUUUCAAAUACCUAUUUCAAAUACUAUGUUCAAAUACCAGAGUUAAGUGCAUGGGUGUGUAUUUGAGUCAGUGUAUUUUAGUAUUUUCAAAUGCUUUCCAAGUGUAUUUCUAAAUAUACUGAACAAAAAUAUAAACGCAACAUGCAACAAUUUCAAAGAUUUUACUGAGUUACAGUUCAUAUAAGGAAAUCAGUCAAUUUAAAUAAAUAAAUUAGGCCCUAAUCUAUGGAUUUCACAUGACUGGGAAUACAGAUAUGCAUCUGUUGGUCACAGAUAUCUUAAAAAAAUAAAAAGUAGGGGUGUUGAUCAGAAAACCAGUCAGUAUCUGGUGUGACCACCAUUUGCCUCAUGCAGCGCGACACAUCUCCUUCGCAUAGAGUUUAUCAGGCUGUUGAUUGUGGCCUGUAGAAUGUUUUCCCACUCCUCCAGCGAAGUUGCUAGAUAUUGGCGGGAACUGGAACACGCUGUUGUACAUGUCGAUCCAGAGCAUCCCAAACAUGCUCAAUGGGUGACAUGUCUGGUGAGUAUGCAGGCCAUGGAAGAACUGGGACAUUUUCAGCUUCCAGGAAUUCUGUACAGAUUCUUGAGACAUGGGGCCGUGCAUUAUCAUGCUGAAAAUGGCGGUGGAUGAAUGGCACGACAAUGGGCCUCAGGAUCUCGACACGGUUUCUCUGUGCAUUCAAAUUGCCAGCGAUAAAAAUUUUUCGUAGCUUAUGCCUGCCCAUACCAUACCACCACCACCAUAGGGCACUCUGUUCCCAAUGUUGACAUCAGCAAACCGCUCGCCCACACGACGCCAUACAUGUGGUCUGCGGUUGUGAGGCCGGUUGGACGUUGGAGGCGGCUUAUGGUAGAGAAAUGGACAUUAAAUUAUCUGGCAACAGCUCUGGUGAACAUCCCUGCAGUCAGCAUGCCAAUUGCACGCUCCCUCAACUUGAGACAUCUGUGGCAUUGUGUUGUGUGAUAAAACUGCACAUUUUAAAGUGGCCUUUUAUUGUCCCCAGCAAAAGUGGCACCUGUGUAAUGAUCAUGCCGUUUAAUCAGCUUCUUGAUAUGCCACACCUGUCAGGUGGAUGGAUUAUCUUGGCAAAGGAUAAAUGCUCACAAAGAGGGAUGUAAACAAAUUUGUGCCCUACAUUUGAAAGAAAAAACUUUGUGCGUAUGGAACAUUUCUGGGAUAUUUUAUUUCAGCUCAUGAAACAUGGGAGCAAAACUUUACAUGUUGCGGUUAUAUUUUUGUUCAGUGUACACAAAAAUAUUCAACUACUUUUCAAAUGAAAUGUUUCUGAAUACGUACUUUAAAUGUACAGUACCAGUCAAAAGUUAGGACACACCUACUCAUUCAAGGGUUUUUAUUUAUUUUUACAUUGUAGAAUAAUAGUGAAGACAUCAAAACUAUGAAAUAACACAUAUGGAAUCAUGUAGUAACCAAAAAAAGUGUUAAACAAAUCAAAAUAUUUUAUUUUUGAGAUUCUUCAAAUAGCCACCCUUUGCCUUGAUGACAGCUUUGCACACUAUUGGCAUUAUCUCAACCAGCUUCAUCUGGAAUGCUUUUCCAACAGUCUUGAAGGAGUUCCCACAUGCUGAGCACUUGUUGGCUGCUUUUCCUUCACUCUGCGGUCCGACUCAUCCUAAACCAUCUCAAUUGGGUUGAGGUCGGAGGAUUGUGGAGGCCAGGUCAUCUGAUGCAGCGCUCCAUCACCCUCCUUCUUGGUAAAAUAGCACUUACACAGCCUGGAGGUGUGUUGGGUCAUUGUCCUGUUGAAAAACAAAUGAUAGUCCCACUAAGCCCAAAUCAGAUGUGAUGGCGUAUCGCUGCAGAAGGCUGUGGUAGCCAUGCUGGUUAACUGUGCCAUGAAUUCUAAGUAAAUCACAGACAGUGUCACCAGCAAAGCACCCCCACACCAUAACACCACCUCCUCCAUGCUUUACGGUGGGAACUACACAUGCAGAGAACAUCCGUUCACCCGCACCGUCUCACAAAGACACGGCGGUUGGAGCCAAAUAUCUCAAAUUUGGACUCCAGACCAAAGGACACGUUUCCACUGGUCUAAUGUCCCUUGCUCGUGUUUCUUGGCCCAAGCAAGUCUCUUCUUCUUAUUGGUGUCCUUUAGUAGUGGUUUCUUUUCAGCAAUUUGACCAUGAAGGCCUGAUUCACACAGUCUCCUCUGAAGUUGAUGUUGAGAUGUGUCUGUUACUUGAACUCUGUGAAGCAUUUAUUUGGGCUGCAAUUUCUGAGGCUGGUAACUCGAAUGAACUUAUCCUCUGCAGCAGAGGUAACUCUGGGUAUUCCAUUCCUGUGGCAGUCCUCAUGAGAGCCAGUUUCAUCAUAGCGCUUAAUGGUUUUUGGGACUGCACUUGAAGAAACUUUAAAAGUUCUUGAAAUGUUCCGUAUUGACUGACCUUCAUGUCUUAAAGUAAUGAUGGACUGUCGUUUCUCUUUGCUUAAUUGAGUUGUUCUUGCCAUAAUAUGGACUUGGUAUUUUACCAAAUAGGGCUAUCUUCUGUAUACCCCCUACCUUGUCACAACACAACUGAUUGGCUCAAACGUAUUAAGAAGGAAAUAAAUUCCACAAAUGAACUUUUAAGAAGGCACACCUGUUAAUUGAAAUGCAUUCCAGGUGACUACCUCAUGAAGCUGGUUGAGAGAAUGCCUAGUGUGUGCAAAGCUGUCAUCAAGGCAAAGGGUGGCUAUUUGAAGAAUCUCAUAUAUAAAAUAUGUUUAACACAUUUUUGGUUACUACAUGAUUCCAUAUGUGUUAUUUCUUAGUUUUGAUGUCUUCACUAUUACAGUGAGGGAAAAAAGUAUUUGAUCCCCUGCUGAUUUUGUACGUUUGCCCACUGACAAAGAAAUUAUCAGUCUAUAAUUUUAAUGGUAGGUUUAUUUGAACAGUGAGAGACAGAAUAACAACAAAAAAAUCCAGAAAACCGCAUGCCAAAAAUGUUAUAAAUUGAUUUGCAUUUUAAUGAGGGAAAUAAGUAUUUGACCCCCUCUCAAUCAGAAAGAUUUCUGGCUCCCAGGUGUUUUUUAUAAAGGUAACGAGCUGAGAUUAGGAGCACACUCUUAAAGACACCUGUCCACAGAAGCAAUCAAUCAAUGAGAUUCCAAACUCUCCACCAUGGCCAAGACCAAAGAGCUCUCCAAGGAUGUCAGGGACAAGAUUGUAGACCUACACAAGGCUGGAAUGGGCUACAAGACCAUCGCCAAGCAGCUUGGUGAGAAGGUGACAACAGUUGGUGCGAUUAUUCGCAAAUGUAAGAAACACAACAUAACUGUCAAUCUCCCUCGGCCUGGGGCUCCAUGCAAGAUCUCACCUCGUGGAGUUGCAAUGAUCAUGAGAACGGUGAGGAAUCAGCCCUGAACUACACGGGAGGAUCUUGUCAAUGAUCUCAAGGCAGCUGGGACCAUAGUCACCAAGAAAACAAUUGGUAACACACUACGCCGUGAAGGACUGAAAUCCUGCAGCGCCCGCAAGGCCCCCCUGCUCAAGAAAGCACAUAUACAGGCCCGUCUGAAGUUUGCCAAUGAACAUCUAAAUGAUUCAGAGGAGAACUGGGUGAAAAUGUUGUGGUCAGAUGAGACCAAAAUCGAGCUCUUUGGCAUCAACUCAACUCACCGUGUUUGGAGGAGGAGGAAUGCUGCCUAUGACCCCAAGAACACCAUCCCCACCGUCAAACAUGGAGGUGGAAACAUUAUGCUUUGGGGGUGUUUUUCUGCUAAGGGGACAGGACAACUUCACCGCAUCAAAGGGACGAUGGACGGGGCCAUGUACCGUCAAAUCUUGGGUGAGAACCUCCUUCCCUCAGCCAGGGCAUUGAAAAUGGGUUGUGGAUGGGUAUUCCAGCAUGACAAUGACCCAAAACACACGGCCAAGGCAACAAAGGAGUGGCUCAAGAAGAAGCACAUUAAGGUCCUGGAGUGGCCUAGCCAGUCUCCAGACCUUAAUCCCAUAGAGAAUCUGUGGAGGGAGCUAAGGGUUCGAGUUGCCAAAUGUCAGCCUCGAAACCUUAAUGACUUAGAGAAGAUCUGCAAAGAGGAGUGGGACAAAAUCCCUCCUGAGAUGUGUGCAAACCUGGUGGCCAACUACAAGAAACGUCUGACCUCUGUGAUUGCCAACAAGGGUUUUGCCACCAAGUACUAAGUCAUGUUUUGUAGAGGGGUCAAAUACUUAUUUCCCUCAUUAAAAUGCAAAUCAAUUUAUAACAUUUUUGACAUGCAUUUUUCUGGAUUUUGUUGUUGUUAUUCUGUCUCUCACUGUUCAAAUAAACCUACCAUUAAAAUUAUAGACUGAUCAUGUCUUUGUCAGUGGGCAAAUGUACAAAAUCAGCAGGGGAUCAAAUACUUUUUUCCCUCACUGUAUUCUACGAUGUAAAAAAUAAAGAAAAACCCUUGAAUGAGUAGGUGUGUCCAAACUUUUGACUGGUAGUGUAUGUGAAAGUAAUUGAACAAUUUUAACUAGUAUUUGGACCCAGGUCUGAUUCUUACCAUAAAAAUUUAAGGCCAGUUUUGCCACCAAAAAGGGAAACCGGUUGACUUAAAACAUGCAAGUCGCUGAAAUAAAAUGUUUUGUAUCUCUAUCCAGAGACAUCAAGGACACAACAGUUGGCACCCUGUCUCAACGCAUCACCAACCAGGUGCACGGGCUAAAGGGCCUCAACUGCAAGUUAGUGGAUAUCAAAGGGUAUUUGGAGAAAGUUGCCACAGGUAAGCUGCCCAUCAACCACCAGAUCAUCUACCAGCUGCAGGACGUCUUCAACCUGCUGCCUGACGUCAACCUUCAAGAGUUCAUCAAGGCAUUUUACCUCAAGACCAAUGACCAGAUGCUGGUGGUUUACCUGGCUUCACUCAUUCGCUCCGUGGUUGCUCUUCACAACCUCAUCAACAACAAGAUCGCCAACCGAGAUGCAGAGAAGAAGGAAGGCCAGGAAAAAGAUGACAGCAAGAAAGAGAAGAAAGAGGACAAGGAAAAAGAGAAGGGAGACACUAAGAAAGAUAAGAAGGAGAAAAAAUGA